CUUUUCCGUACCAAACAAUUAAAUCUUUAUGGAACUUGUAUUGGGUGGAUUCAAUGGUGUUGUGAUAGAAGGAAAACGACCAAGGCGACCAAAGAUGCGAAAAAGUGCAGGUGGAAGGGCUCCAUCAAUAUACUUGAAGUCUGAUCAACCAACGAAAUCUGUACCUUCUUCUUCUACCUCUUCUCGUACUACACCUAUCAGACUCGAUUCUCCUUUUAACUGUAUCUAUACUCCACCUUCAGUACCAUCGACGACAAAUGACAAUACUCACCACGACUUGGUUCUUCACAAUGUUGUAGAACAAUUGAAUAGGCACAACAAGAACAACAAUAAAAACGAACACUGGACAAUUGAACGAUACGAUGACCAACAAUAUAGUAUCAACAUUCAUAGUAUGCAAGGUAUUGCUGAUGUUAUACAGACUCUUGGGCAAUUAUCUCUUCAAUCAUCGAUGCAAUCUCAACUUUUGGAUUUGGAAUGUUUGUCUCAUCUUCCUUCGAUUCAACAGCUUGACGAUAUUAACAGUUCAGAGAAUAAUCAUGACACUCAACAACAAGUUCAAAAAUGGGAACCUAUAUCUUUACCUUACAUUCACUUCCACAGCGAACUCUAUGCACGAAGUAUCAUUUAUGUGAAUCAAGAAUGGCCUCGGGUUAUGUCCAUCCUUCCAGUUUUACUCGAUGAUUGUGUCCAAAGUUUCAUUACUUGUAUGAAUCACUACUUUCCUGUUCGUCCCAAACAAUUACUGGUACAAUGGUAUUCAUCUUUGGCUGAUCCUUCAAGCGAUCCUCUUGUUCUAUCCAUAGCUUCCUUUUGGGUCCGUCAUGUUUUUAUUCACCAUCCCAUGGCACAACUCAAACAUCUUCAUGAUCCCACGGUACUUGACUCUGUACAAUCCAAAUUGGCACAUAUGGCACGUGAUGCUUUGGCAGACUGUUUUGAUCAACCUCAUAUUCAUCAUAUCUAUGCUUUGAGUCUAUGCAAUAUGACCACCGCGUUACCUUUGGAACAAAAGGCCAUCAAUCAUACUUUGGCUGUCCGUAUGGCUGCAGCUUUGGAUAUCAAGCCUCUUUAUUCAUCAUCAUCAUCAUCAUCAUCAUCAUCAUCAUCAUCGUCAUCUUUAGAUAGCAACGAAGCAGAACUCAACAAUAGGGUAUGGUGGUAUCUUUUUCAAAUUGAUCACUUUUUGACGGAAUCAGGGACAAUCUCACGCUCGAUGCUUGAUCCUCCAUCAGAUGAUUAUGAAGCUCUUUCACGAUUAAAGUUACCUACGAUUUGUGCAUUGGAUGAAAUGGAUGAAACGGCCGGUGUGCAUGUAUGGAGCAACGUUCUCAAGAUUUGGAUGAUACGACGACGAAUUACCAAGACAAUUGAACAGGUGGACCCUCAGCAAGAAGCUCAACUGACUGAUAUUUACGAUGGUGCUUUAUUGGAAAUUGAUCGCUGGUCGAAAGAUCUUCCUUCUAUGUUGCAACAUGAUGUGGCCCUGAAUCCUGACAAUUUUUCACAUAUGGCAGAAGCAUGCUUGACAGUGAGUAUGGAACGGUGUACAGAUGUGGCUUUGAUAUCACUACGACUUUUACCUCGUGAUGGACGUGUCUUGACUCAAUUACAACGUCGGGCGGUACUGACUAUGAUCGAUAGUUCAAUAGAGUUGAUCACUACUCGGCAAUCUGUUGUGGCUUUUGCUCCUUGUCAAACUUGGCCUGGUGAUUUGAAACGAUCAGUGGAAAUGCUCAUGUCAUGUCUCAAAUAUGGUGAUCCUACCGUGGUUUCUAGAUCUAGGAUUGGUCUUAUGCGUGCUGCUCGAAUGUUACGUUCCAUGGCCGAAGUCAAAUGGCAAGAUCAUAUAUGUACUGCGAUGUUAUCUAAAAUUGAACAAGUUCUCUCUGGUACUGAUAAUGAUUUAUCUCAACAACCACAUCAAUAUCAUGAUGAUCAUCUACAACAACAACAACAACAACAACAAAUGAAUCAGUCUAGUUAUUCUCCACCUUUUACAACUUUUGUGAUGGAUACAAUGGAUACGCGAUCACUAGGACAGGAAGAAGAAUUGACACAACAUCAUCAACGUUCGAAUGAUGGAUUAGAAAAACAUAUACCUGUUGGCACUGCGACAACAACAACAUCAUCAUCCUUGGAUACUCUUGUUGAAAACAUCGACAAUCGGGCUCAGUCUAAGAAACUACAGAAACAAGCACGGUUUAUCUCAGUUGACGACGAUGAAAAUAACAGUAGACCUAGUAUCAAGAUCGCCAAUAAUCUUUAUGAAGGUGUGAUGAUGCUUGAUAGGGAUAUGGCACCAAGAUCCAAAUAUUACAAUCCAAAUAUUACCAAUCCAAACGAUGCCUUUGAUGAUAUUCUGGUGUUUGAAGAUAUGAGACGAUAUUCAACUCAAUGAUCUCUCCC